AUGUCUACUGCUGCCGGCGAACAGAAGGCCUCGCGCUACUACCCUGCGGAGGAGGAGGCGCAGAUGAAGAAGGCGCGCAAGACUGCCCACCCCACCAAAUACCGCGAGUCGCUCAAGCCUGGUACCAUCCUGAUCCUCCUUUCCGGUCGCUUCUCCGGAAAGCGCGUUGUUCUUCUGCGCCAGCUCGACCAGGGCGUUCUCCUGAUCACUGGGCCCUUCAAGUCCAACGGCGUUCCCCUGCGCCGCGUCAAUCACCGCUACGUAAUCGCGACUGGCGCAUCCGUAGACGUCUCGAACCUCGACACCGAAGUCCUGGACCGUGUGAGCAAGGACGAGUACUGGGCGCGUGAGAAGAAGGAGGGCAAGGGAGAGGAUGCUUUCUUCGAGCAGGGCGAAACCACACCUCAGAAGAAGGACACCGACCCCCAGCGCAUUGAGGACCAGAAGAAGGUUGAUAAGGCGCUGAUUGCGACAAUCAAGCAGCAGCCGGAUCUGGAGGCGUACUUGGGCGCCAGCUUCAGCUUAAGGAGCGGCCAGCACCCCCACGAGAUGGUCUUCUAA